CUCACUUGUUGGUAAUUACUAUCGUAAUAAGUAUCAUUUAAUUUUCUUCACAGUAUUGAACACUAUACACAAUCGACACGAGAUGCCUGUAGAGAAAUCUAGAGCAGUAAUAGAGAAAUCAGAUAUGGUACCAGAAAUGGAAGAGGAUGCUGUUUAUGUAGCCUCAAGUGCAAUGGAUAAACACAGUGUUGAUAUGCAUAUUGCAAGUUUUAUUAAACAUGAAUUCGAUCGUAAGUACAAAACAACUUGGAAUUGUAUUGUUGGCAAAAAUUUCGGAAGCUUUAUACAUCAUGAAAAGGGAGGAUUUGUAAGCUUCCGUUUAAAUGGAUACAAUAUUCUACUUUUCAAAUUGGGAUAAAAUGAAAAUGACAUUCUGUUGGGUGGUUUUAUGCAACUGAUUGGAAUUUGUGCGGUUAUUUAUUUAUGGAUGAAUUAUAGAGGUCAUUUUAUUUUUUUCUUUUAUCAUAUGUUAUGCAUAUAUUCAAAUAAGGUUUAUCCUAAAAUAUAUCAUAAAAAAUAUAAGUAUUAUGCGG